AUAAUUUUUAUUUUCAAUCAUAAUUAACAACAAUGCGAAAACGAAAUUCCAAUAAAUCAAUUAAUUCGAUGAUCAACAAAGUUGAUCAACAGCAAUCAACAACAAAUGAAACAAUGAUGAAAAAUAAUGCUCAACAAAGAAAUGAACAAAAUUCACCAUCAUCAUCAUUUGAAUGGAAAAAAGCAUGGUUAAUGAUAAAAUGUACAACAUUUUGUUUCAUCAAUAUGGCACUACAAGAACAAACACUCAGAUUGGCACCAAAAUCAUCAAAUUUCAUUUCAUUUAUUCAACAUUUAUUCAUUACAAUAUGUGGCCUAUUGUUUACUAUUGGUCUACCAUUUGGUUUAGGUGUUCAUCGGCCACAAGUGCCCAUUAGAUAUUAUUUGCCAUUGGUAUUUCUAAGUUUUUUUACAAUUUUCACCAAUAAUUUAUCAUUAAAUUAUGGCAUUUCAAUACCAUUGAUGAUGAUAUUUAAAUCGUCUAGUCUAGUGGCCAAUAUGUUAUUAGGAAUGUUAAUACUACGUCAUCGUUAUUCAAUGAAUAAAUUCUUUUCAGUUAUUGCCAUUACCAUUGGUCUAAUAUUGUGUACAAUUGAAGAUUAUCGUUUAAAAUAUUCACUAGAUUAUGUGGACAUAUUUUCAUCAUUUUUGUUUUUUAAAUUUACAAAUAAUCAUUCAAUUACCACCACUACAUCAACAACAACAAUCGGCAUAACAUUAUUGGCGGCAUCAUUUCUAUCAUCAGCUGCUGUCGGUAUUUAUCAAGAAUAUUUGGCAAAAAAUUUUGUUAAAAAUUCAAAUGAAGCAUUAUUCUAUGUUCAUAUAUUGUCCAUACCGAUUUUCGUGAUUACAUCCAUCGAUGAUAUUCAUUUACAUUUUCAAUUAUUCAUCGAACGAUUGAAUGUUAAUACAUUAUUUGAUCUACCAUUUUAUCUAUUGUUGACUGUUUUAACACAAUAUCUAUGUAUAUGUUCAGUAUAUGAUUUAAUUAUGCAUUGUAAUUCAUUAUCCGUUACAUUGUGUUUGACAAAUCGAAAAUUUUUAUCAUUAUUAUUUUCAAUAUUUUAUUUUGGCAAUCCAUUCACAAUUUGGCAUUGGAACGGUACAUUGAUUGUGUUUGGCGGUACAAUUUGUUUCUAUUUAAUCGAUACUAUAAGCACUAAUGAUAAUGGAUCAAUUAUGAAGAAAUCUGAUUAAUCUGUCUUUUAUUAUUGAUAAAUUUUUUUUUGACUGGC